CGGCUGCGGCUCCAGAUCGACGGCGGCGGCUGCUCCGGCUUCGAGCGCGGCGCCGGCGUCCCCGCGGUCUCGCGCGAAACGGACGACCUCGUCUUCUCGCGCGACGGCUGCGACGUCGUCGUCGACGACAGCAGCAUCGAAUUCGUACGAGGCGCGACGGUGGACUUCGAGGAGGAGAUGAUCCGCAGCGCCUUCGUCGUGAGCCACAACCCCAACUCCGAGAGCGCCUGCGGCUGCGGCUCGUCCUUCGCGCUCAAGAAUUUUGAGGAGAACGGCGUCGACUAG